AGCGACAGCUGAACCGGCCAUAAUUGACAGUUAACAACAGUGGUUAACAGUUUUGAUAACAAAAACAUUUUCUUUUAAAUUUUUAUAAAAAACGAGUUUAAUUGUAUAGGUGAAAUAGUUGUUAAUGAUAAUAGUUAUUUUAAAACAUAGCAUUUUUAACACUGACGUUUUGUUUAUAAAGACAUUUGUGAAGAUUUAAGAAAAUGGGUGAGGUAGAUUUUCAGACCGCUCUUCUUUUGCAAUACAAAUUUGAUCAAGAGGCUAAACAUACUGAAAGUACCGACUCCGAUUAUCAGCUUGCUUUACAGCUUCAGGAACAGUUUAAAUCCGAAAGUGACAUAGAAAAGCCUAGAAACAAUUUGGCUUAUGAUGUUUCAUCUGCAAAUAAGUCAAAGUGUCUAGUAGAUCCUUCGUGGGAAGUUAUUGAUCCUACCCCAGAUGUACAUGUGUUAUUUGUAACAUUUAACGAGAGAUUCUUCUGGAACAAGUUAUUAGCAGUAACUGUUUCAUGGAGUAAACGAAUGACCAGCUGUGCUGGUAUAUGUUCUUAUCAAGGUAGAGCAGGUAUGUGUUCUAUUACAUUAAGUGAGCCAUUAUUGAAGCUUAGACCUAGAAAAGAUUUAGUUGAAACACUUCUUCAUGAAAUGAUUCAUGCUUAUCUAUUUGUAACACAUAAUAAUAGAGAUAGAGAUGGGCAUGGACCUGAGUUUCACAAACACAUGUAUAGGAUAAAUGCAGAAACUGGUACAAACAUUACUGUAUAUCACAGUUUUCAUGAUGAAGUUAGAUUGUAUCAGCAGCAUUGGUGGAGAUGUGAUGGACCAUGCCAGAAUCGAAAACCAUAUUUUGGAAUGGUUCGAAGAGCUACUAAUAGAGCUCCUGGGCCUAAUGAUAGAUGGUGGGCAGAACAUUCUAGAAAUUGUGGAGGAAAUUUUAUAAAGGUAAAAAGUCCCGAACCACAUGUAAAGAGCAACAAGAAAAAUACAACUACAGGAACAGUUUCAAAUACCAAAGAUUCUAAAAAUGAUAUAAGAAAAUAUAUAUCUAAUGUUGGAAGUGGAAGUGCUUCUAACAAAGAAAACCAGCCUAAAAAUUCUAAAACAUCAUUUAACACAAGUACUAUUUCUAAACCUGAUUUAGUGAAUAAUAUUCGCUCAAUUUCAAAUAAUGUGGGUGGUUCUCAAAUUAGUAAUGUUAUUCCAUCAAAAAGUAGUAACAUAUUUGGCUUUACUGGUCUUGGUAAUGGAACCACCUCAAGCGUAUUAACACCAAAGAAAGGUAGUACGAGUGGAAUGAAGGGUGUUGUAAAAAAUGCAGGGGGAAGUACAUUUGUUGUUACAAAACAAGGCAACCAGAAUAAUAAUACAGUUCAAAAUACCAAAUUAAUGAAAGCGACUGAAACUACUGUGGAAGUAUUUAGUGGAACUGGCAGAGCAUUGGGAGCUUCUUCUGUUCCUCAAAAUAACAGUUAUUCAGUUGUGAGAGAGCACUGGCUGAAUAAAUUUGACAAUAAAAAAGCAGAAGCUGUGAAAAGACCAUCAACUGAUGUAUUGCAGUCUUCAGCUAAAGUUGCUAAAAGCUCAGGACUGAAUAAAAUUGCAGAUGAUUAUAAUACAGCUGAAUGUCCUGUUUGCAGCGAAAAAAUCCACAUUGAAAUUUUGAAUGAACAUUUAGAUCAUUGUUUGGAGUUAAGUAAAGAAGAAAUCAAAGAAUGUAUUAUAUGUGGACAACAGGUUGCAAAUACUGAAUAUGAAGUCCAUACCACCAAGUGUACUGAAAAACAUUUUGGUGAGGAUGCUGACUUGGAUUAUGCUAAUAUUAGUAAAGAUGGUGAUGUGAUAGACCUAACUCAAAGCGAUUCCCACAAAAAACAAUGUCCUGCAUGUAAAGCUGAGCUGUCAAAUUUAGAAUAUGAUUGUCAUGUUGAACAGUGUUUACUAAAAAUGUAUGAUCAAUUGGAUGAAAAAUAUAAACUAAAUAAGGAUAUUAGAACAACUUGUGUAGCUUGUAGUAAGAAAAUAUUGAAGUCUGAAAUGGAUUAUCAUCUAGAAGAGUGUCUAGGUAUGAGUAAUAUAUUUGAUAUGACAAAUGUGCCUGUAGAAGAAAUUGAAGAUAUAGAAUCCAAUAAAUAUAACUGUCCUUUUUGUCUUAAUUUGGUUCUUGAGAGUGAGAUGCAAUGUCACUUGAACAUAUGCUUAAAAACUAAUGAAGAAAAUGAUAAAAGUAUUCUUAUUGAUUCAUUAUGCAGCAGUGAUUUUGAAAGUGAUUAAUUAUUUUUAAUAUACAGGGUUGUUCACCACAUACAACAUGGAGUAUUGUAGCUAAAUGAUUAGAUUUUUUCA